CCUCCUCCAAGUCCCAGCGAGCCCGCGUGCAACCUGUCCCGACUCCAGCCGCCUCUUCAGCUCGCCAUGGAUCUCAACUGCUCCUGUGCCGCCGGUGACUCCUGCACCUGCGCCGGCUCCUGCAAGUGCAAAGAGUGCAAAUGCACCUCCUGCAAGAAAAGCUGCUGCUCCUGCUGUCCUGUGGGCUGUGCCAAGUGUGCCCAGGGCUGCAUCUGCAAAGGGGCAUAGGACAAGUGCAGCUGCUGCGCCUGAUGCUGGGACAGCCCUGCUCCCAGAUGUAAAUAACGCGACCUCUACAAACCUGGAUUUUUUAUGUACAACCCUGAU